UGCAGAGCGGUGCGCGUGCUGAAGUCAGUGCGCGCCCCCGCGCUCUCUCAGGUGAAUGCGGUCAGCAAUGUGAGAGAGAGAGAGAGUGAGUGAGAGAGAGAGAGAGUGAGUGUGUGAGUGAGUGAGUGAGAGAGAGUGAGUGUGUGUGUGUGAGAGAGAGAGAGAGUGAGUGUGUGAGUGAGUGAGUGAGGAGAAAAUGCUGCUUCUCAGCCUGCAGGUUUUGUGCGCCGCGGCGGUGUGUGUGCUGUGUUCCGGCCAGCGGGUAUUUUUUGGAUGUGGAGCAAAGCUGGAUGUUGUGGAUGUACAGGGUCUCAUUCUGUCUCCUGGUUUUCCUCAUAAUUACUUGUCAGGGACGCACUGUGUCUGGCAGUUUUUUGUCCCCGUCGGUUAUCAGCUGACGAUGGAAAUGCUCGAUUUUGAUGUUUUUGAGAGUUCAGAGAGGAACUCGACCUCAUCAGCAGAGAUGAUCAUGAAUGAAAAUGGUGAAGAACAUCUCCUUACCAAAGGACUGACCAGGAGUCAACAUGUGUUAAAGGAUCAGUCCAUGGAAAUGAUGGAAAACAGAGAAGAAUCCAGCAGAAUGGAGUCUGAAGUGUUGAAUACGCUGAAACAGGUUUCUGAGCCUCUGUCCAAACCUCCAUUAUUGGAUAGAGAAAAAGAAAAGGCACAAAACUCCAUGUUUCCUUCAUCUUUAAAGGAUAAAAUGGACCACCUGCCUCCUUCCAGCAGCCCAGCAUCCAUCAUCGAGGACGAGCCUGAAACCCUGCAGCCAGUGAAGGAUGCAUGUCCGAAUGACGUCCUGUACAUCACAGAUCUCGUCACAUUUUCAUCACGGUUUUGUGGCUCCAAGUGUCCGCCUGACAAUCAGCUGGUGUUUGGAUCUGACAUUGAGAUGGUUGAGGUGAUAAUGGAGCUCAUCACAAACACGCACUGGGGUCGAGGAUUUGCGCUGAUCUACCGUUAUCACAAUCGAACCACCGAGGCAGCAAUCCAGGUCGGGAGUCAGAGGUCAUCAGUGCCCCCUGUUGGCACAGAUGCACUGCUUGCUGCUUUUAGCGUCACUGCUUUAUUCACUGUGAGUCUUCUGAUCGCCCUCUGUGUGACUCGGAGACCAAAACUGUGUGCGAAAGAAUCGACCGUGACGUCGUCUGUCACCUCUGAGGUCCCAGUUCAGAACUUGCACACUGAUGGCAGUGAACUUCAGCUGGUUACUGCGAAUCGCCCUGAACAAGAACUCGACAAAAAUGACAAAGCCCUCACCUUCCCUCGCACAGGUAACAUCCCAGAAUGCAGAACUUCCCAAAAUGCGGAGUGUUCUAAUGGAUUGAUGGAGAUGGAAUUGGGAACAGAUGAAGUGUUUGUGAUCUCAAACACAGACACAACAUCGUUUUCACCUUCCACGCACCGUGAACGUUUUCUGCGAUGCAGUGACACGGGAUGUGUGCAGCCCUCUGAUUGGAUCCCUCAAAGCGAGCCCUCCAACUGGCUGAAUCAGGGUAGCCAUGUUGGAUCAGUACGUUCUCGAGCGUGGAGCCUCCGAACCUUCCACGACUCCCCACUUCCUCUUCCUAAAUUAAACAGGAAGUGGUGCAGCUGGAAAUUAACGAGCCCCUUCACCAAACUCGUGGACACUGUUUCUCCAGGUUCUGUGGUGGACGACGGUGAUGGUGUGACAGUUCCCUCAACUCAGUGGCAGCGGCACUACAGCGUAUCACGAUUGCACACAUCUCAGCAGAUCUGUGAGCCCGAUGGUGCCCUCUGUGGCCUGGAGCAGGGAGUGGGGGUUAAAAUCUGUGAAUUCUCUACUGAUGAUCAUAACCUGUCCAUCCCUGUGUUCGCCAUUUCAGAAGAUGACGAUCGAGAGCCUCUGGUUUCAGCCAAACAUCAAAACCAAGUAAAAAACAACGAGAUGGAGAAUCACGAGUCCUUUCCUUCAUUAGGCUCCUCCCAUUUGGCUUUUAUGGAUGAGGAAUCAGCUGUUUUGAACAUGUCCAAUAAGAUCCAGCAUCCCUCGCUGAGUCAUGUGACUGUGCCGUGUGACUCUUUAGGGAAGGACAUGUGAUGAAUCAAACCGCAUACCAUCAUACUGAGUAGCGUGUUAUCUGUUUUACACACACUUUAGUGAGCAGCACUAUGUCCAUUUAAAGGUGCAGUAUGAUGAAAGUCUUAAUAUAAUUUAUUUAAAUGUCAUAAUUGAUUGUGUAAUACAUAGAACACUUUAUUGGGACGGUGUGGAAAAUGCAAAUAAAAAAUAAAGCAUUGAUUUGUAAAUGUACUUUGACUUGUAUUUCAUUGCAGACAGAAUGAAUAUUUCAUGUUUUGUUGGUCAACUUUGUUUCAUUUGUUAAUAUCCAUCCAUUCCUGAGCUUCAGUCCUGCAACACAUUCCAAAACAAGUUGGGAGGGGGACAUUUAGGGCGAGUAAUGAGGUACAACAAUUAAAUAAUGAUAUGAUGUGAAGCAGGUGAUGUCAACAGGUGACUGUAAUCAUGAAUUGGUACAAAAUCAGUCUCCAGGAAAGGCCGAGUCUUUACUCCUCAAAGACGGACCGAGGAUCUCCAGUUUAUCAACAAAUGUGUGAGAAAAUUGAAAAUUAUUGAAAAGUUUAAAACCAAUGUUCUUCAAAGAAUGAUGGGAAGGGAUUUGGAUAUUUCACCCUCUGUGGAGCGUAAUGAUUCAAGGAAUCUGGAGGAAUUUUGGUGAGUAAAGGGCUCAAGCCGAAUCUGAACCCCCGUGAUCUCCGAUCCCUCAGACGGCAUCAAGAACCGUCAUUCAUCUACAGCUGAUAGAACCACAUGGGCUUGAUGACGAGCUUCAAGAUGACGUCUUUUCCAGGGAGAUUUCAACAAGACAAUGCAAAACCACAUUCUGCUCACAUUACAAAGGCGUGGCUGUGGGAGAAGAGGGCGUGUCCCCUCUGUCCCCAAUAGAGAAUGUGUGGAGAAUUUAGAAAUGAAAAAUAUGACAGUGGCGACCCCGAACUGUUCCGCACCUUCAGACCUGUUUACAGGAAGAACGGGACAAAAAUAACACCUGAGACACUUCAUCACUCGGAGUCUUCAGUCCAUAAACAGCUUUUAAGUGUCGGGAGAAGGAACGGGAGCGUUAUAAACAUUAUAAAGUGGGAAAUGCUUUACUGUCCCAGUGUUUUUUGAAAUGGGUUGCAAGAAUCAGAAUUGAAAUGUGUUUAUUUUGAAAAAAACAAAAUUGAUGAAGUAAAACAUCAGAUAAUGUGCUGUUGUAUUGGUGUGAGUGUAAUACGGGUCAAAGAUUAUUUACAAAUCACUGUUUUCAGUUUUAAUUUCAAUUUUCAGCUCAGCAUACCGUCCCGACUGUUUCUGAUUUGGAGUUAUGUUACUGACCCUCCACUGAUCUGUACUGAUAAUCGAUUAUUUCAUGUGUAUCGUGUGUCCUUUAACAUUAUUGGUAUAAUGCACACUUUAAACUAUGAUGACUUUCCCUUGUUUGCUUCACUUGUUCGUACUGCUCUAAAAAGUGUGCGUUUGUUGGUAUUUUUAUGCAUUCUCUGGAUUAUUAAUGCUGCUAAAUAUUUCUCUCUGUCGUGGUGUAAGCGGAGCGAGUACUGCGCUGUUAUGGAUUAUGUUUUUGUAAAUGUGUUUAUGCAGCAUUUUCCUGCACAGGAUUUGGGGGGUGUCGUAUUUGUAAAUGCACGAACGGUGAUGAUGUUCUCCUGCAGGCAGUACAUUUAUAAAGGGAAAAAUGAUUGUUGUAACAAAAAAAGAUAAAAAUAAGAAAUGCAGUAACUAACAUCAGUAUAAAUAAAA